UCCCUUUGAAUGGAGAGUGAGUUGCAGAGGACUACACCGGCAAUAUGAGAGCUCUGCGUUUGGUCCUGCUGAGUGCCUUCUUGCCCCUGCUCUGUCUGCCCAGCCCCAGCCAUGGAGCAUCCUACUUUGGGGACAGUUUCUGCAAGAUAACUUCGAUCCAAGAUGUCUCCUCCUUUCACCUGUCGCUGCAGUUCAAGACCAGCCGACGAAGUGGACUCCUCCUCCUGGCUGCAGGGAUGCAGGACUACCUAUUUCUGGAACUCCAAAAUGGGAAAUUACAGGUGCGAAUGAACCUUGGGGCCGGUGAGAUGGUGCUAUCAUCAUCUCUGGGGCUGCAACUGAACAACCUCCAGGAGCACAAGGUGUCUAUCACGAUGCAGGAGGCCAAACUGACCAUGCUGAUCGAUGAUCUCUUUUCCACUUUCAUCUCUGUGCCUGAAACCCAGGAGGACCUCAACAUUGACAUGGGGGUUUACAUGGGGGGAACCGGAGACUUAGACGCCCCAUAUCUCAGUAAUGCCAUACCUCCAUUCCGCGGCUGCAUGACCAAUGUCAAGUUGGAGUCCCAUCAGUUUGAUAUUCUCGACUCCGAGCCCAUUGACUGCCAUGAUACAAAGGAGCCCUGUAGCAGUGAGUUUGAGGUUGGUGAUGGAGAGGCGACCAGCUUUAUCAGCCCAGACUCAUUUGUGUCCUUCCCUACUUGGAGCGGGGCUAGUGGUAGUGAAAGGACCUUGGAGUUUCUCAUGAAGACCACCAUCGAGGAUGCCCUACUCACCUUCCACCCUGGACGAGAGUCAGACUUUAUAGCUGUUGGCGUUGUGGGCGGUUACCUAAAAGGUGUGGUGGACUUUGGGAGUGGGAUUGUGGUACUGGACAACCCCAGAGUACAGCUAGAUGAUGAUCAGUGGCAUAGGAUCAGAGUCACUGUAGAUGCGAGUGUGUUUGAGAUUAACGUGGACAGCCAGCCUGCCUCUCUCUCUCUAAGGGGCUCAGAGCAAUUGGAUCUAGUUGGCAAUCUGUAUAUGGGGGGGAUCCAGGGCAAGAUGAAGGAAGUGUUUCGUGAUAGUAGCUUGUCUCGUAUGGAGGAGGUAAUAACAUCUGAGUCUUUUAUCGGAUGCAUGGGAGAAAUCAAAGUGAACCAGAAGGAGAGAAGCCUGCAGGACGCGUUGGUCACCAAAGACGUCCAUGUGAAAUGCGAGGGAGAGGACUAUGACUACUCAAGUUACUAUGAUUUUGAGGCAACCACAACUACGGCUCCUGUUCGGAUCCGAUAUGUCAAAGCUGACCCUAAUGAAAGACAUUGCUACCCAACUGAUGACACACCAGAGGCCUUCCGGAACAUUACAAAACUUAUUGAAGUCAACCCUUUGCUUGUGCCCGAGGGUGGGGAAGCCUUUCUCGAUAUUAACAACCUUAGCCCUACAUUUAACCUAAACACUGUGGGAAUCCGCCAAUCCCAGAUCAUUUUCACUCUACAAAAUGACCCUUGGUACGGACUCGUAGAUAUGAACAUCAAUACCAGACGUACCAAAAAAUUUACACUCCUGGACGUGGUCAACAAGAAAAUCAAGUAUCUCCACGACGGCAAUGAAAAGUAUGGCGAUCAGAUCCAGUUGGAUGUGUUUGCCCAUAGUAACAGUUACCUUCCAGGAUGUCUUAAAAAUCCCCACCAGUACAUUCUCCCAGUGGAGAUCAUACCUGUCAAUGACACACCACAACUAAGCGGAGGAAACAUUUCCAUCACAGAAAACGGUCGCACUCGCUUAAAUCCUAACCUUAUCAAGAUUGUGGAUUCGGACACUCGCUGUGAGGAAUUGAUUGUCACCGUGACCUCAGAACCUCCCAGAGGGGUUGGCUACUUAGAAAAUGCCCAGCAACCAGGAAGAAGUAUCAAAGAGUUCACAUGCAGGCAGUUGAAAGACGGCAAUAUAUAUUUUGUCCACAGAACUGGGAGCGGUGGGAUAACUCUACAGGUAUCUGACGGACAAUCCAUAAGUCAUUCGACCACUUUUAAACUGUCCAUUACCAAGCCCCAAAUGAGCCUUGUGACCAAUACUGGCCUUCUGUUGUCUCAGGGAAGCAACUCUUCCAUUGGGAUCCAGAACCUGGCUGUCAUUGCCACCCCUCGUAAUGGAGAUAUUGUGUUUAAUGUCACACAGGCUCUGAGAUAUGGUGAAUUGCAUGUUCUCACUCGCAAUGGUUUGCCCAAACAGGUGACAUCUUUUCACCAGUCAGAUUUGGAGCAAGAUCGCUUGAGAUAUGUUAGUACAGUUUCAAGUGACCUGGAGGACGUUGUGUCAGAUCAUUUUCAAUUUGAUGUCCAUCUUGGACAGUUUUCCCUAUGGAACAAUACUUUUUUGAUCAAGAUCACACCCUCCCAGGUUAAAAUGGCCCAAGUAGUUCCCCUUGAGAUUGAAGGCAAUGUAGAGCAAAAGGCAAUAAAACACACUGAUCUUGAAGCAGAAGUGAAGGGAAAAAGUGUAGCCCCAGAAACGAUAAGAUACAUCCUUCUGAAGGCCCCCACACUGGGUACUCUUCAAAUGAUUGGCAGGAAGCUAGUUGAGGGAGACAGUUUCACCCAACAGGACCUCUGGAAUGCCCAGGUCAGCUAUAGAGUCCAGGUGCAAAGGGCGGUGGCUAAUGAGGACCAGUUCCAGUUCAGAGUCUUUGCAGAUAAUCAGUACUCCCCUAUGUAUACCUACCCAAUCAAGAUCCAGGCCGAUUCAGACGCCCCUGUUUUGACUAAUGAGAGACUCAUUGUCUUGGAGGGCGGGGAGAAUAUUCUGAACAAAGACUAUCUAUGGGUUCAGACAUCCAUCUCGACAAACUUUGUUUACAGGGUGACGCAAGACCCCAAGUAUGGCCGUCUCAUCAGGGAGUCCCCAUCUGGACAGCCCAGGUUCGAUGGGGCCAUUAGAAUGUUCAGCAAUGAGGAUCUGAAUCUAGAUAGGCUGAUUUACCAACAUGAUGGCUCAGAGUCUAGCGAUGAUGAGUUCUCUUUCCUGGUAUUCGAGCAAGCAGCAGGAAGUGAAAACAUCAGAAUCGAUGGUCAAGUGUCUAUGAGCAGCAUGUUUAGAAUAUCUAUUCAGUCCAAGAACGACCACGUGCCUCUUAGAGUGGUUGAUAAAACCUUCAACGUGGUGCGAAACGGACAACGUUUGCUGACCACAGAAGAUAUCCUCUUCAGGGACAAUGACUCAGGGUUCAAUGAUACCCAGUUGGUCUUUGUUCGCACAGGCAUUCUCUCAGGAAAUAUUGUCUCCCCAUCAGACCCGUCGCAGCCCCUCUUUCGUUUCACUCAAGCAGACGUGAAAGACCAGAAUGUUCUAUUUGUACACCAUGGAGCAGACCGUGAGCGCUUCCAGCUCCAGGUUUCUGAUGGCCUGCAUAAGACCACAGCCCUGCUGCAGAUCCAGGCUGGUGAGGCCUACCUCCGUGUGGUGAACAACACUAUGGUUGUUAUGGACCAUGGAAGCACAAAGACGCUCAACACCAGUCUGUUGAGUGCAGAGUCCAACAUGGACAUUAGGGACGCCAGUGACAUUAGGUACCAAGUGACAUCACCCCCUAGUGAUGGGAAGAUCAUCGUGAGUGGGAUUGAGGCCUCUUGGUUCACACAGGAGGAUCUGAAAAAGGGUGUGGUGUCCUACGAGCAUAACGACCAGAGUCUGAGCUCCAAGGACUCGUUUGGCUUCACUGUGGAAGCGAAAGGAUUUUCUGAGGAGGGCACAUUCAGAAUAAAGAUCUUCAAGCAAGGCUAUCUGUCUGAGCCUGUGGUCAUCACCAAUGAGGUCAUCAUCUCCUAUGAGGGAGAGCACACUGUGAUCAACCAAGAUCAUCUUAAGGUAGAACAAGCAGACAUCCUGCCCUCUGAGAUGGUGUUCACCAUCAAGGAGCCUCCUCGUCUGGGCCACGUGGUCAUGCUGACCAACCACUCGGACAGUACGGCUGCGCCCAGCCUCGACUACAUCCACUCCUUCACCCAGGAGGAUGUCAACAGGGGGCGCAUCCUCUAUGUCUCUGCCUCCAUCCUGGGCAGUGACGCCUUCGCGGCUGACGUCAGCAACGGGUUCACCACCGUGGAUGACCUCCGGAUGAUGGUGGACAUUGUGCCUCGCCUCAUCCCCAUCCAGGCCCUCAACUUCAGUGUGAGGGAGGGCGGUGGGAUGGCCCUUACCACUGAGCUCCUGAAUAUUUCUCACCCAUUCUACAGUGCGGUCAACGUGGACUUCGUCGUAGAGGAGCCACCACAGCAUGGGGAUAUCCGCUACUUGGAUGGUGACGAACAGGAGCUCACCUUCUUUACCUGGGAGGAGGUGAAACUUGGACACAUCUACUACUUACAUGACAGCACGGAAAGUGGCGAGGACAAUUUCACACUCUCUGCCUCAGCCUAUGAGAUAGAGCGCCGCAGCCUUCCCGUUACCUUCACUGUCACCGUCUUCCCGGUCAACGAUGAGGCACCUAAACUGACAUGCAACACAGGACUGGAGGUUUUAGCUGGAGAGGAAUCGGACAUCACCACCAGCAUGUUGAAUACAGAAGAUGCAGACACCCCCAUCAAUGAGUUGGUUUAUUCCAUCGAGUCAACCAUCAAUGGGUUGGUGGCUCUAAAGGUGGAACCUGACGAAGAAAUUCAGAACUUCACACAGGCACAAAUUAACAAUGGGGAAGUCAUCUUUAUCCAUGAAGGUCUGGAGUCUGGAGGCUUCAGUUUUACCGUGACAGAUGGAGAGCACACCUCGCCUCUCUACCGCUUUGUCGUUACUGCUCGACAGCUCACCAUCACCAUGGAAACCGGGGAGGAGCUAAAGAUCUUUCCAGGAACAAGACAUGCCAUCACCAGUGCCAUUUUGAAGGCAGUGACCAAUGAGGAUGGAGAUGAGAUAAGCUUCUCAUUGGUCAGGCCUCCUCGCCUGGGAAGACUGAUCUUAGCCAACGACAGGAACCAGUUUGAAGAGAUCACACGCUUCUCUCAAUCAGAUCUGGAGUCCGGGGCCGUCUUUUACGAGCACCAGAUGCCUGAGGAGCCCUUCUGGGUGGUCCGGGACUCUGUGGAGCUCCUGCUCUCCUCCCCUCCAGCCCCCGCUGUGCAUCACGUCCUCCCCAUCACCGUGUCCUACUCCGCAGCCAGCCACAACAUCUCCUCACAGCUCUGGAAGAACAGAGGUCUGGACAUAGUGCAAGGUCAGAGGAAGGUGAUUGACAGUUCCAUCCUGGACGCCUCCAAUCUGCUGGCCAGCCUCCCCGAGGCGGAGCGAGGUCCCUUGGACGUGGUCUUUGAGGUGCGCCGCUUCCCGGCCCAUGGGAGAGUCACCCUGGGGGGCCUGAAUCUGCCCCAGGGUGCCCCCUACUUCAUGCAGGAGGAUGUGGCGCAGGGCGAGCUGGAAUACCUCCACGAUGACUCUGGAGCCUCCGUGGACAGCUUCUCCUUCCGAGCCCGGCUCAACUCCCAGGGCCGCGGCACCCUUCCCCCUCCCCAGCAGGCAGUGGUCCUGGAGGAGGUCUUCAACAUCUCGAUCCGGAGAAGGGACUCUAGUCCUCCAGAGCUGGUGAGCUUGGACGUUCUUCUAGAGGUUCUCCAGGGCUCCAUGAUGGUGAUCACCCAAAAGUACCUCAACACCCGUGACGAGGACAGCACGCCCGAUGAGGUGCGCUUCACAGUCUCCAAGGCGCCCACCAACGGGCGGCUGGUGGAUGCCACCAAGGGCGACCACAUCUCCACGUUCACCCAGGAGGCGGUCAACAAGGGCCAGGUGGGCUUUGUCAGUGACGGAAGCCUGUCGGACGGCUUCAUAGAGUUCACUGUGUCGGACGGGAAGCACCACACUGAGCCGCACACUCUCCAUGUAGGAAUCCUGGCCCGGACGCUGGUGCUGGCCAAAGCCCCAGAGAUCCAGGUGCUGCAGGGGGACGACGAGACCCUAGUGACAGAGGAGAUGUUGAGGGCCACCACAGGUGGCCCCAAUGAGGAGGAAGUCCUCUACAAGAUCACCAGUGUGCCCAAGUACGCUGCCGUCAUGGUGGACCGGCAGCCCACGUCGGCCUUCACUCAGACCCAGAUAAGGGAGGGCCGGGUGAGCGUUCGCUUCAUCAAGUCCACCUCACCCCGGGACAGCGUGGCCUUUGUGGCCCGGAGCCGGGCGGCCAAUAUCUCCUCUGUCCUCAACAUCACGGUCAAGCCUCUGGCCAACAUCCCCCAGGAACUCCUGCUGCCACGGGGUGCCACCGUGCUGCUGGACAAAAAGCUGCUGGAUGCCACGCCGCUGGCCAACAAGACCCGGACAUCACCCACCUUCAGCGUCAUCCAGCAACCGCAAGGUGCCCGCUUCGUGAGGGCUGGCGGGAGAGGGCCAGAGGGAGACGGCCAGCCCGUGGACACGUUCACCCAGAAAGAACUGGAUGAGGGACGUGUAGCCAUGGAGAUCCUGAAUGGAACAGGAGGCAGCCAAGCCCAGGACGUGGCUCGCUUCCUGCUCAAGGCCCACGGGGUCCCUCCAGCUGAGUGUGUUCUCUCCUUCAAGACGACCCCUUACAACGCCUCAGCGGUCUACCCGGCCACUCUCCUUAAGGUCCCUGGCGGGUCUGCAUGGUCCAAUAGCAACGACCUCCCUGGAGGGGCGGGGUCCCCACGCAUCACCCCAGCCAGCCCUCGCUGGAGGGGCAACAUGGACUGGCCUCAUGGAGGAGAUGCCCCUACCACUGCCUACACUGACAGUGACUCCCAUAGGAAACCAGUGGUGUCCAGGAGGAACAACCUGUGGUCCAUCCUCAUCCCCAUUCUGAUCCUGCUGCUCCUCCUCCUGCUGGUGGCCAUCUUGGCUUUCUACUUGGUGCGUCGCAACAAGACGGGCAAACACAAUGUGCAGACGGUGGCUGGCUCCAAGCCCAAAAACGGAGAGAUCAGCCAGGAGACCUUCCGGAAAACCGACCCGGCCAAUAACAUCCCCAUGUCCCAAAUGGACUCCAAAGACGCCGACCCGGAAUUGCUGCAGCACUGUCGGACAACGAACCCGGAGUUAAAAAAGAACCAGUACUGGGUAUGAGAGUUGACUGAUUGCUUAGACAUAGGAAACAGAGAGGAAGAUCCUCUACCAUUUUGAAUGCGGCCUUCUUGAAUCAUUCCUUUUCAGUGUUAAAGUCCUUUUUGCCAUGAUAGUAUUAAGAAAUGUGUAUGUUUUGAUAUCAUUGGACAUUUCACUAUCACAUAUUAACGUUGUGCCAAUCCUCAGGUCAAGAAACACUGAAUAUUUCCAUUGGUAAAAAUGUCACCAUUAAACUUAAGAGGGUUUUGCCUGACACGUAUAUUUAUUUUUAGGACAACUGCUGGACAUCUAUGAUGUACUUUUUCACAGGGCACAAAUGAGGACAUAUUGUGCUUGCUAAAAAUGUGUGUGCUGCCACAAUAUAUUCAGUAUGCUAUUAUAGGACAAUAUUACUAAUUUGACUACAUAAACAGAUUUAUUUGAAGUUUUGGUAAUAGUUUUAUUGUAGUUUCGCUUUAACAGUAAAGGUGGACAAGUGUGUACAUAAUUCAACUCAAUAAGGUAGAUCUAUGCUGUAUGAAGGAAAAGGAAAAAAUGCCUUUUGUUUUUGAUUAUUAUUCUAUAAAUGUAUUAUUGACCAUGUAUUUUUUUUUUGCUUUGUUGUUCGACCCCAAUUCAAUCUAACUUCUGUUGCAGUAUUUACAAAGCCACAUAUGACAUUUGUCCUGUUAUAGAAUCAAAUCUGAGGGGUUUUGGGCAGAGCCGUUGAUGACAAGUGUAUAAAACCGAGCACACAGCCAUGCAAUCUCCAUAAACAAACAUUUGCAGUAGAAUGGCCCAUGCUGAAGAGCUCAGUGACUUUCAAUGAACCGACAUAGGAUGCCACCUUUCCAACAAGUUAGUUAAUCAAAUUUCUACCCUGCUGGAGCUGCCCCGGUCAACUGUAAGUGCUGUUAUUGCGAAGUGGAAACAUCUAGGAGCAACAAUAGCUCUGCCGCGAAGUCACACAAUCUCACAGAAAGGGACAGCCGAGAGCUGAAGCGCAUAGCGCUUUAAAAUCGUCUGUCAUCGGUUGCAACACUCACUAACAAGUUCCAAACCACCUCUGGAAGCAACGUCCGCACAAGAACUGUUUGUCUAGUGUUUCAUGAAAUGGGUAUCCAUGGCCGAUCAGCCGCAACCAAGCCUAAGACCACCAUGCACAAUGUCAAGCUCGCCGUCAUUGGACUCUGGAGCAGUGGAAACACAUUCUCUGGAAUGAUGAAUCAUGCUUCACCAUCUGGCAGUCCAGAUAAGAAGAACACUAAACUGAAAGCAGAUAUUAAAGAGCAUUUAGAAUACCACCUGCAGUUUUUUCACACUAUAAGUUUAAAAAUAUCUCAACUUAGUAUUUAGAACUAAGAAGAAUCCUUAAGUUUUGCCAUUGAGUUUAGGUUGUGAAAAUAUCUAUUUGGUGCUAUUGGAAAUAUCAUUGUAAAUCUCUGUUCAAAAGUAUAUAGAUGCAUUACGAAUAAUGUCUGUUCAACCAACACUGUUGUAACUUUAUUUGGUGGAUCAAGAAAUGACUACUGGGGUGUUUGUCGUUUCUAACAACAUCCCAAAGUUUGACUUAUCUUUGUCCUCAGCUGGGCUGUCCCUCUAAAGUUGCUGUGUAGACGGCCUUAAGUGUAUUUCCAGAGGUUCUCUCUUAAAAUAACUGCACAGCCGGGCUGCAUACCAGUUAUUUUGCCCCCCUCCCCUCCACCCCUUCACUCUUCACUUGUUGGAAGACCACCACCCCCAUCCCAUUGGCUGGCAUACAGUGAUGACAUGGCCCAGAUCAAAAGCCAAAUCAAGCCCUGUUUCCCAUCGGGGCGUCCACCCUGGCAAUUUCCCACCAUAACCCCAGCCUCUGGCCUCCUCCAUGGUCUGGGGACGGGGUUGUGCUAGACUGAGAGCUGUGUUUUCCUUGGCUGUAUCUGGCUUUGUAGUCUGACCCAGCCCACUAAUAACGAGAUACUGUAUAUCUUUAUAUAUAAAUAUAAUCCAAAUAAAUGGCUCUGGUUUUGGUUAUUUUUCCAAUACCAAAUAGACUACCCUCACAGGAAUAUACUUCAAUUGUUCAUAUGAUGGCACAAGUGUCUCAGGGCAGUAAUUGUGAAAAGAUGCUCCCUAAACAUUACUAAGGCAGUUUUGAUUGAAUUGACCCUAGAUCUUUCAACCAGCUUUUAAUCGUAUCCUUUCAUUUAGCCUUUCAAUGCUGAAGAGUUGCUCAAAACUGAACCACUUGCUUGGAUACACAGGACUGACAUGACACUGAUGACAAAAAACUGCAUAGUAUAACAUUUCGGCACCACAGACAGGAUGUGACUCACGAGUGGCUGUCUUAAAAGCAACUCUAUUGGCUGACAAGCAGUGGUGAGGUCAUUUUAGAACUGCCAGAGUUUUAUUUUCCCAGCCUGCAAUUAAUGUUUAAUAAAGGCUCUGAUUUCUAUAUGUGAAGUUGAGAGAAACGUCUGUGAUAGGAUAGGUGUUUUACCUAAGCUCCACUGGUUGGAACAUGUAGUAUAGCACAUUCUGUGAGAGGUUAUUCUCUAGCUUGGUCCCAGAUCUGUUUGUGAUGUCUUUCCAACUGCUAUGGUUGUUGUGAUUUGGCAAGACAGCACAAACACAUCUGCGGCCAGGCUAGGUAUUCUGUGCUGAUGAGAUUUUGUGUCCCAUUAGCGGUUUGCAUUCCAUAAUUAAGUUGACCAGAUGAAGGUAUAGUACAAUCUUGCAAUUUCAGGAGAUACAGUGUACAGCUUAUCCCAUAAGUAAUAACACUCAAAUUGGCAUCACAUCCUGGUGGUGUUGAAAUGUUUAUCUAUAGACUUAACCUGAAAAUUAGCAAAUACAAAUUCAAGAUAAGCAAUGAUGGACACGCAUAGUUUGAGUAAGAAACUCCAUCAAAAUAACAUUAAAGCAGUUAUUUACUGUCAGUGCACUGCAGGGUGUUUUCUUUUCUUUUGAUAUAGUUAUCUGAUAGAAAAUAAUAGGUCGUAAGUCAUAUCAACCACAAUUUACAGAAACUUGUAUUAUUUUACUGUUACGACAUUUUACUAACCAAAUGUCCUCUUUAAUUUAAUUUAACGGUGCCUAAUACCUUGUAUAUACUCUGUUGCUUUUAAAUUAAAUUAGCUGCUGACUGUUGUGAAGAUGUCAAAUUAGGAAAAAAAUUGUUCGGAAUUAGACAAUAUAAAGGGUAAAGAUAAUUAUCAUAUAAUCACCAAUUAUAUGAGAAUAUUGUUUGUUGUAUUUUAUCAUUUGAUGAAAAUAAAUGGGCCUGAAGGUUAGUAUCGUUACAAAAUCUAACAGUAUAACACAUUUUGGCAACAGUUGUACAUUUAUUUUCCUUUGAAAUGACUAUAUACAGUGCAUUCAGAAAGUAUUCAGACCUCUUGACUUUGUCCACAUUUUGUUACGUUACAGUCUUAUUCUUAAAUGGAUUUGAUAGAUUUUUUUCCUCAUCAAUUUACAUUAAAAAAAAAUGUAAUAUCACAUUUACAUAAGUAUCCAGACCCUUUACUCAGUACUUUGUUGAAGAUCCUCAAACUGUGUCAUGUUGAAUGGUGAGUGCCACUGCACAGCUAUAUUCAGGACUCUCCUGAGAUGUUCGAUCGGGUUCAAGUCCGGGCUCUGGCUGGGCCACUCAAGGACAUUCAGAGACUUGUCCAGAAACCACUCUUGUGUUGUCUUGGCUAUGUGCUUAGGGUUGUUGUCCUGUUGGAAGGUGAAUCUUUGCCCCAGUCUGAGGCCCUGAGCGUUCUGGAGCAGGUUUUCCUCAAGGAUCUUUUUGUACUUUGCUCCGUUCAUCUUUCCCUCGAUCCUGACUAGUCUCCCAGUCCCUGCCUCUGAAAAACAUCCUCACAGCAUGAUACUGCCACCACCAUGCUUCAUCAUCGGGAUGGUGUCAGGUUUUCUCCAGACGUGACGCUUGGCAUUCAGGCCAAAGAGUUCAGUCUUGAUUUCAUUCAGGUGUAUUCUGGCAAACUCCAAGUGGACUGUCAUGUGCCUUUUACUGAUGAGUGGCUUCCAUCUGGCCCCUCUACCAUGAAGGCCUGAUUGGUGGAGUGCUGCAGAGAUGGUUGUCCUUAUGGAAGGUUCUCCCAUCUCUACAGAGGAACUCUGGAGCUCUGUCCGUGACCAUUAGGCUCCUCCUCCUGGUCACCUCACUGCACAAGGCCCUUCUCCCCCGAUUUCUCAGUUUGGCUGGGCAGCCAGCUCUAGGAAGAGUCUUGGUGGUUCCAAACUUCUUCCACUUAAGAAGGAUGGAGGCCGCUGUGUUCUUGGGGACGUUCAAUGCUGCAGACAUUUUUUGGUACCCUUCCCCAGAUCUGUGCCUAGACACAAUCCUGUCUACGGACAAUUCCUUCGACCUCAUGGCUUGUUUUUUGCUCUGACUGUCAACUGUGCAACCGUAUAUAGACAGGUGUGUGCCUUUCCAAAUCAUGUCCAAUUAAUUGGAUUUACCACAGGUGGACUCCAGUCAAGUUGUAGAAACAUCUCAAGGAUGAUCAAUGGAAACAGGAUGCACCUGAGCUCAAUCAAGUCUCAUAGCAAAGGGUCUGAAUACUUAUGUAAAUAAGGUAUUUCUGUUUCGUAUGUUUAAUACAGUAGCCAAAAUUUCUAAAAACCUGUUUUUCACUUUGUCAUUAUGGGGUAUUGUGUUUAGAUUGAUGAGGAAAAAACUGUAUUUAAUCAAUUUUAGGAUAAGGCUGAAUCGUAACAAAAUGUGGAAAAGGGGAAGGUGUCUGAAUAGUUUUAGGAUGCACUGUAUGUACCAGUAUUAUAUCUAUUUUCUUUAGAUAGCUACACAUUACCUUGUUACUUUUAGAGGCUGUUGCUGUUUUUGUUUAAAAAAUAACUAUUAUCUGUAGAGCAUGAUAUUACAGUAUAAUAUUGGUAUCAGAUACACCAUUCAGGAGAUAGCUCAGGAAAUGUCUGAAUUGUGAUUCCUUUUACAGUGUUAUUAUAGGCAAGGAGCCUUGUUGUUUUGUUUCUGUUUAAUUGAUUAAGCCCAUGCCUUGAUGGCUAUUUUGUAAAUGUUAUAUUUUUAAAUACCAUUGCUUGUGCAUACCUCAUAGAAUAAAAAUAACUCUUUAAAACACAUUUUUUUAUUUGAUUUGCAAUGCUAAUAUGCCAUAUUUUCUAUAUUUGCACUUUUUCGCAGUUGUUUCUUUCCCUCUUCCUGUUGAGGGUGUCUUUGCAUAUCACCCCUAAUAUGUUUCUGCUUUUAUUUAUUUGUUUUGGUCACUUCUGCCAUACAUAGACUUGGUUAUUUGGUUUGUCAGAGGUGUACUUUGUAAAUGCAACCCAACAACAUGUGCCUUAAAUUGUCAUAAAAUUCCAAUCCUCAGACAAAUAAAGAGUUAUGUCCAUGGAA